UAGUGGCAUUGAGUAUGGAAAAGAGGCGUAUAAUAUUAGUUCAAUGUUAUAUACUCUGAAAGCUGCUAAGACUGAUGAUAAAAUUAGAGUCAAAAAAAACAUAUAUAAAGCAUUCUUAUAUCUUUCAUUCAUGUCAGCACCUGUACAAAUUUGGAGUCGAAAAGGAUAUAUUAGAGUUAAAGAGAAUAAGAACUAA